AUGUCUUCCUUCCAAGCCCUUCGGACCCAGUAUGCCUCACUACUCAAGCGGUUUCUGGCCUCAACCAAGGACUUUGAUGUCUUGACAACCAUCCCACCCGACCACUCUGCGGAAUCGGAGACACUCUAUGUCCUGGACUCGUCCUUCAAUCCCCCCACCCGCGCGCACCUUCGCAUUGCCACCACUGCACUCCUAGAAAAACCCCAGCCACGUCCACGGCUGCUCCUCCUCCUCGCAACCCAGAAUGCAGACAAGCCAUCCAAGCCGGCCUCCUUCGAGGACCGCUUAGUGAUGAUGGAGCUGUUUGCGCGCGAUCUCCGCUCCCAUCUGGCAUCGACACCGGCAUAUUCUGCCUUGGGACUCACGCACACCGUCGAGUCACUCCCACUGAUUGAUAUCGGUGUCACCAAAAAGCCGUAUUUCGUCGAUAAAGCGGUUGCCAUCGAGACAUCCGAUUCUUAUCCUGUUCCGCUAGAGCAGAUCCAUCUUGUGGGGUACGAUACACUGAUCCGGAUCUUUAAUUCGAAAUAUUACCCCCCGGAACACACUUUGAAACCCUUGGAGACUCUAUUCUCGAAGCACCGGCUGCGUGUAACUAUGCGGCCGAGCGGUGAGUGGGGUGGGAGGGAAGAACAAGAAGAGUUCGUGGCGGCUCUUGCUAGAGGUGACCGAGAGAAUGAGGGCGGGCACAAGGAAUGGGCCCAGCGCAUCAAGCUAGUCAAUGGUCGUGCUCCCACUGACGAGCCAGUGAGUUCGACGAGAGCUCGUGAGGCGAUACAAUCAGCUCCUCAGGAUCUCGACUUCCUGGUUCCAGAUCAAGUACGGCAGUUUGUACUGUCGGAAAAUCCAUAUGCUGGAGGUUCUUAG